AUGCUGCGCGCUCUAAUCCGUAACCCGGCGGCGCAUUAUAGUCAUGCCCGCCGCUUUCUCUACUCUGCAGCUGCUCCAUCAGGCAAGGAGACCGGCUUGUACGGGUUCGACCACUUGAGAACUCCCAAAGGUUUUCAACGCAUGGUCGAUGAUGCGAUUGAGCGGUCUAAUGAACUCGUCAAUUAUAUUGCUGGGAUGCCUUCAGCUCCGGAAAUUAUUAACGCCAUGGAUGAGAUAUCUGAUACGGUUUGCACAGUUGUGGACUCUGCUGAGUUAUGCAGGCAUACACAUCCUGAUAGAGAAUUUGUUGAGGAGGCAAAUAAGGCAUCCUUGCGGAUAAAUGAAUAUCUACAUUUCCUUAAUUCAAACUGUAGUCUGUAUCAUGCUAUUAUAAAGGCUGAGCAAAAUCAUCAUAUGCUUACCGAAGAAGCUGCAAGGGCCGCCCGUCAUCUACGUAUCGACUUAGAGAAGGGUGGAAUUCAUCUAAGCCCUGGUACCCAUCUUUGCAAAGUCCUUGUUUAUCUUCUUCCACUUAUCCGAUUCACUUUGAUAAAAGUAUCUCUGCUUUCCUUGACAGAGAAGUUGGAUAGAGUUAAUCAGCUAAAUAUGAACAUACUUCAGCUUUCCACAGAAUUCAAUGAAAAUAUCAUCACCGACCCAGGUCAUGUUGACAUAUUUCCUGCAUCUCGUAUCCCAAAAAGAUUGCAUCAUCUUACCAAGCCCAUUUACCGACCUUCAUUUGAUUCAAAGAAGUCAACAGGUCUGAAAAAUGACUCCAAAGAGAGAGGAUUACGUAUAAUGACAGUGCCUAGUACUCUUUGUUCUAUAUUGCAGUUGGCAUCUGAUGAUGAGGUUAGAAGGCUGGCUUACAUCAGAGGAAAUUCUACCCCAGCUGCAAACCUGGUAGUCCUUGAUAAGCUUCUUUCGGCACGUCAUGAGUUUUCUGAGAUCAUGGGAUAUAAAUCUUAUGCUGAAUUUGCUCAGAAGGAAAGUAUGGCUUCAUCACCUGAAGUUGUUCUAUCAUUCCUGCAUGAUAUGAGUAAAAUGGUCAGACCUAGGGCUCAGGAGGAGCUUAAGAAAAUUUUGGAUUUUAAGAGAGCAACAAUCGGCCAAUCAGCUUCAGAAUUGGAGCCUUGGGACGAGCCGUACUUCGCCAGAAUGAUGAAAGCUUCUGCUCACAACUUGGAUUAUUCAGUUGUUGCAUCAUAUUUUUCCCUGCCACAAUGUAUUGAGGGGUUAAAAGUGCUGGCUGGGUCACUGUUUGGUGUGACAUUUCAUCAGAUCCCUCUAGGCCGUGGUGAAUCCUGGCAUCCAGAUGUGCUGAAAUUAUCUCUGCACCAUCCUGAUGAGGGGGACUUGGGGUGCCUAUACCUUGAUUUGAAAUCAAGAAAGGACAAGCAUCCUAUUUUUGCACAUUUUGCUAUCAAAGGGGGGCGCAGAAUCUCAGAGACAGAGUACCAGUUACCGAUUGUAGCACUUGUUUGCAAUUUUUCAGGAUCGAGUUCCCAACCUGUGCUUCUUCACCAUUCUGAUGUAGAAACUCUGUUUCACGAGUUUGGGCAUGCUCUUCACUCAUUGCUCUCAAGAACGGAUUAUCAACAUUUCUCAGGGACUAGGGUGAUGCUUGAUUUUGCUGAAACACCAUCAAACCUCUUCGAGUAUUACGCAUGGGAUUAUCGGUUUUUGAGGACAUUCGCUAAGCAUUAUUCCACAGGUGAUCCGAUUCCCGAAAACCUGGUAAAAUCUCUACAAGGCGCCAAGCAUAUGUUUUCUGCAACCGAAUUGCAACGCCAGGUCUUUUAUUCAUUGAUCGACCAGACAUUGCACGCAUCACAGCCAUCCUCGGCCAAUGAGGCGAUUUCCAUAAUCACCGAUUUGAAAAGAGAGCACACGUGUUGGAGGCCCGUGGAAGGCACACACUGGCACACCCGGUUCAGUCAUCUUGUUAAUUACGGUGCAGGUUACUACAGCUACUUGUAUGCAAAAUGCUUUUCUGCAACAAUAUGGAAAAGGAUAUUCCAGGAAGACCCGUUGUCGCUAACAGCAGGAUCUGCUCUCAGGUCGAAAUUCUUACAGCAUGGUGGAGCCAAAGACCCAACCACCAUACUCAAUGAUUUAGUCGGCAAUCGUGUGACAAUAAAACAUAAAGGAGGAAUUAUUCCUGAUAUUACCAGCUUUGGGGAGGAGAUGAAACUAUUUGACUAG